AGCUGGUGUUCCGAUAGUCUCGGUGGCUAGUUCUGAGCUAAAGCUAAAAACAGUGAGUCAAAUGUCUGCAGGAGGACUUGCGGACGGCCGCUCCAAACUGCUCCAUCGUGUCCAGAUGCCCUCCCUGAGUCUGGGCCCAGGUCUGAACCAAAAAAUCCCAGAGACUCAGAUUCAGCCAGAGGAGCACGGUGUCAAACAGGAGGAGGAGCAGCUGCCAGUAUGUGUCCCAGAGUCCAGUGUUGUCUACGUGAAGAGAGAAGAGUCCUCACUCCCUCAACAAAGCCAAGCUGAGCAUUUAAAGGAAACACAAGGAGACACAGAGCCACAUUUACACUUUGAGACUCAGGGGCAUGCAAAGCAGUCCUCUGACACUGACAAUGAUGAAGAUUGGAGAGCUCCAUUCAGCUUUUCAGAUGCACAGAUGAAGACAGAGGCUGAUGGAGACCACUACAACCAAGUCCAGAUCAGAGCCACAGGAGAACGAACUUACAGCAGUUCAAACCGUGGACAGAUGCCUUUCCUGAGUCCUGGCCCAGGUCUGAACCAGGUAAUCCCAGAGACUCCACAAAUCAAAGAGGAGCCAGAGGAACAGAUCGUCAAACAGGAGGAAGAGCAGCUGCCAGUGUAUGUCCCAGUGUCCAGUGCUGUCUGUGUGAAGACAGAAGAGUCCUCACUGUUUCAACAACCAGAGACAAGUGCCACUGUGAAAAAUGGAGACAUGUCAGGAACAGCCAAAGGAGCAGAGGGCAUCAAACACCACUGUCCUUUUUGUGGAAAGAAAUUUGGGACAAAAGAUCACUUACACAGACACAUUAGAAUUCACACAGGAGAGAAACCGUACAGCUGUCCAAUUUGUAAGAAAACGUUUACCCUUAAGGCUACAUUAGAUGCACAUAGUAGAAUACAUACAGGUGAAAAACCAUUCAGCUGUCCAACCUGUAAGAAAUCAUUUUCCCAUAAGGGCUCACUAGAUACACAUAUAAGAACCCACACAGGAGAGAGACCUUACAGCUGUAUAAUGUGUGAUAGAACAUUUGCUGAUAAGUCUACUCUCAGGAUACACAUGAAAACACACACAGGAGAUAGACCUUACAGCUGCUUUAUUUGUAAGAAAGGAUUUAUUAGAGGCCGUGACCUGUUUAUUCAUAUGAGAACACAUUCAGGUGAAAAACCAUUCAGCUGUUCCACAUGUGGUAAACGUUUUGCAAAAUACCUCACCCUCAAACUACAUACAAGAUCACACACCGGAGAAAGACCUUACAGCUGUUCAAUUUGUAAGAAGACAUUUAGUCAGAAGGGCAGUUUAGAUAGACAUGGACGAACACAUACAGGUGAAAGACCUUUCAGCUGUUCAACGUGCAAGAAAACAUUUACCUUAAAAUGUAAUCUAAAAAUACAUAAAAGAACUCACACUGGAGAAAGACCUUACAGCUGUUCAGUGUGUAAUAGAGCAUUUACUGAGCAGACUAGUUUAAAGUCACACAUGAAAAGACACACAGGAGAAAGACCCUACAGCUGUCCAACCUGUCACAAAGCAUUUACUGAUAAAGCCAAUCUGAACAGACAUGAAAGGACACAUGGAGGUGAAAAGCCAUUCAGCUGUUCUACCUGUAACAAAACAUUUUCCCAAAAGAGUAGCCUAAAAAUACACCAAAGAACUCACACAGGAGAAAAACCUUACAGCUGUUCAGUGUGUAAUAAAAGAUUUGCUGAGAACUCUACUCUCAGGAAACAUAUGGAAACACACACAAAAGAAAGGCCUUACAGCUGUUCAUUUUGUAAAGAAGCAUUUAGAUUUAAGGGCCAUCUAGAUAAACACAUACGAAGCCAUGUUGGUGAAAGACCUUACAGUUGUUCAGUCUGUCAAAAAACAUAUACGCUUAAGAGUAGUCUAGAUCGACACAAAAGAACUCACACAUGAAAGGCCAGAAAGAUCUGGGCUCACAAAACUCAAACAGAAACCUUUCAGCUGUUCAGAGGUGACUGAAGCUUUACUGCUGUGUUGGUGUGAUGUUAGAACAUUCUAAAGAGUCUAUAGUUUAAACUGGAGAUGACUGACAGAACUCUGCAGAGUGUGAUACAAAAUGCACAUGCUUUGGCCUGGUUUAUGGUGUUUAUCCAGUGCUGGGGCAUAAUGGAAGUCCAUUUUAAAGAAUACUUUUACAUCACUACAUUUUUUAAUUGGACUGAAAAGUAAAAGUAUUAUUUAUUGUUGAGAUCUUCAGAAAAGUCUGUGGGUUUAUUUUUAACACUUUCAUAAUUUGAGCUAACAAAAAUAUACAGAUAAAAAUGGAUAGAAAAAAAAUUCAGUUCUUUUAAGCUUUCUGCUUAAAUCUUUACACACUAAGUACAUGUUUAAUACUUUUACUUAUAGAGUUUUUCAUGUGACACUUUUGAGUAUUUUUUUUUUCUUCCUUCCCUGUUUUUAUCUCUAGUGGCCAUGUGAAAUAAAAGUAAGUUACACAUU